UUGCUACAAUAGUCGACAACAGCAGCAGCAGUUGUUGUGUUGGGCGGGGUAUUUACGUAUUUACCAUCCCUCAAGAGCAACGUCGUGUGUUGCCAUUUUGGCUAUGGGAGGUGACGACAUCCUCCGAAUCUAGACCAAGAUUACGAGAAGGCCUAUAGGUAUCAAAACAACAGCAUGUGCCUCGGCUGGGGACAACGUUUAACUUUUACGGGGAAAGAGUAACAUCUACACAGGCAGGCAGCCAGCCAUCUACAGCAGCCAGUUUCCUCUGUUGAGAUGUGACGAGGAAUGUCAAGCGGUGACCGAGCGUGCUCGGUCAAGGCUAGGGUAGAGUACACGGGCAAGAAGGGCAGGUCGGCGGGGAAGCAGACGACGGUGGUGACGGACGCGGAGGCCUUGUGGGCCAUGCUCUACGCUGACGACGCGGCCAUCGUCUCGCGCUCGCCGGAGAGUCUCGAGAAGAUGAUGUCGGUCAUCGUGCGCGUGGCCGGCCUGUUCGGACUGAUGGCAGGCUGCGAGGAAACCAUCGAGGCCACCGUGCGCAAACGGAGACUGUGUUUCGCGGGCUUUGUUAUGCGCAUGAAGGACAGCCGCCUCCCCAAGCGCAUGCUGUUAGGAGCGAUGGCGGGGGGCGUGGGAUACCGGGGCGGGCAGGAGAGCGACUGGGUGUCUCGCCUAGGAGAGGACCUCGUGGCCUUCAACAUGGGAGACGAAAAGGAAGGGGGGAAAUGGAAAGAGAGCGCCAAGGACCCGGAGGUGUGGUACAACAAGGUCGAGGACGGGGCGGCAUGGUUCAUGAGGAAAUGGCACAGGCAGGAGGCGGAAGCGUCCGCGAAGCGCCAGCGCGCGAGGGAAGCAGAAGCAGAGCGUACGACCAUCUCAGGACCGAAGAGAAAGAGAACCGGCGAAGCGGCGGUGGGGGGGAAGAAACGGCGAACGGGCACUGCUGUAGAAGCGAGUAGGGCGGCCGAGGCAGCACUUGUGGCGAACAAUGUACCCGGCUGAUGUUGUUGCGCCCUGUUUCCCUUCCUGCUGUAUGCUAUACUCCUUUAUGUAUGUCCUUUGUAUUGCCUUCGGCGCCUGUGCUGUGUUUCCUUUUUUCAUGUGCUCCCUGCCUACUCUGCUGUGUUGGGUACCUUGAACUCGCUUUUGCUGUUGCCUUUAUUUUUGUACGUCUUGCUGUCUGCCCAUCUGCCGCCUCUUUGUCCUGUUUGCUCCGUUACUCCCAUGCCCUGGCGCGUAGUGCCUGGUACUGGUACGUUACCCUUUGAUUUUUUCUUUGGGCGGGUGUGGGAAGCGUCCUCCUUAUUUUUGUUUUUCUCUUAUUUUGAUCGGUUUCCGAGGGCUCUUUUCUCGAACGGUCGGUGCGAUACCUGUUCUUU